AUGUUCGGAUAUCUCAUCGCAGCUGCUCGCCACGUCGUCAACACUCUUUACCCUGCCUAUGUGCAGGAAGAUGAGAAUCACGUUCCUCACUCCCUGCCACUCGCCAUCGAGUACACACGCGAAACCGUGACCACUGUCCAGAACAUCCGCUUCCGCACGCACACUUCAAGCUUGGGGGACAUCUUUCAGUUACAGCUAUACGACGGGCCCAACCAGAUCACAGCAGACGUGCAUUUCCAGCGAGCCAUCUACAACAAUGUUGACGAUGUGAUUGUCAUCCUUGCUACUCUAGCUCCUCCCGCUUCACUCCGCCGAGGUCACACCAAGCUUUUCCGAUACUUCGCCUACGAGCACUACGCCAUGCUCUCUAUGGGUUCUCAAGAGUGA